UGUACGGUCUCACACUAAUGUUUUUCGUCUUCGUAUAAUACUUUUGGGGAGCGCCUCAACGCACAGACCAAGUGUAGCAGAAAUCGUUCGCCUUCAAUAUCGACGCACUCUUUGAUUAAUUGAUUCACUGAAGAAUCAGUAUAUCGCUCAAUAGCCAUGGCAUCCUCCAACCCCAACAAGAUCCAAAACAAGAUCAAACGGCAGCAAGAGCACGUGAAGCGGAAGAAGCAGCAAGAGACCACCAAACGUGAGCAGCGCUUCCGCCGGCGCAAACUCGAGGACAAGAACCCGGAUCUACGGGCGACGCGACGAGCGAAGAAUGUGCCGACGACGAUAGACAGCAAACGGACAUGGGAUGAGGCGAAUGCAGACGAUGAGGCGGGCACGAUGCUGGGCUUGAGCGUGGAUGUGCUCCAUCCCAAGCGAUUCAAGGUGGAUGAUGAGAAGCCAGUGCCUGCAGAUAUUAACCCGGACGAUCAUCGGGUGGGAGACGGGGCGGAAGAUGAGGAGGAGCCUGCCCCCGUUGUCGCGCCGAACCUGGAGGCAGACGGCGCGGAAGACGAUGUCGACAGCAUGCUCGCCUCCGACGAUGAGGAUGACCUCGCAGACGAGGACGACGACGAACAACCCCCGGACCGCGCCACAAGCGAAGCCCCCUCCGCCGCCCCUUCAGCAGCAACCACAACCGCCACCGACCUGGCCCUCACCCCGGAAGCGCUCAUCACCCGCUUCCCCUCCCUCUUCAACCCCACCAACCCACCCACGGACCCCAAAGUCCUAAUCACCACCUCCAUAAACUCCACCCUCCACUGGGAAGCGCAACUUCUCACCUCCAUCUUCCCCUCGAGCACCUACAUCAAACGCACCGCCCACUUCCACAGCUACAAAUACAGCGUCCGCGAAAUCUGCGCCUACGCGACCAACAAAGCCUACACGCACGUCGUAAUCCUAACCGAAGAUCUCAAACGACCCAAAGGCCUCGACAUCGUCCACCUCCCGGCCGGCCCAAUGUUCCACUUCAGCAUAUCCCACUGGAUCGAAGGCGCCAAGCUCCCCGGCCACGGCAACCCAACAAACCACUACCCGGAACUCAUCCUCAACGGCUUCCGCACCCCACUCGGGCUGCUGACAGCCCACCUCUUCAAAUCCCUCUUCCCACCGCGUCCCGAGAUCCAAGGCCGGCAAGUCGUGACGCUACACAACCAGCGCGAUUACAUUUUCUUCCGGCGCCACCGCUACGUCUUUCGCGAUCGGAAGGGGAGCGAGAAGAGCAUCCAGGGCGCGGACGGGAAGCCGAUGCAAGGGGUGGAGGGAAUCAGGGCGGGACUGCAAGAGUUGGGGCCGCGGUUCACGCUGAAGUUGAGGAGGGUGGAUCGGGGGAUUCAGAGGAGGAGUGGGCAGGAGUGGGAGUGGAGGGCUGGGGAUGAAAAGGUUCGGACGAGGUUUAGUUUGUAAAUCCCCGUCUUUUCCUCUUUCUACAGAUAUG